AUGCCUUCCUUCACCAAAUUGGCACUCUCUGCCCUCGCGGCCACUGCAGCUGUUGCAACAGGAAUUAAUGAUUUUUCCUGCAAAAGCAACUCCAACCCGGUUGUGCUUUUACAUGGCCUGGGCGCAACAUACUAUGAAGACCUGAACUUUAUGCAAUACUGGCUGCAAACCAAAGGCUUCUGCACGUAUGCUAUCACCUACGGGGCAUACGAUGGGUUCCCAUUGCUGGGUGGAUUGAAGGCGAUCAACGAGAGCGCACCCGAGAUUGCUGCAUACGUUAAAGAAGUCGUGCAAAAGACUGGCAAAAGCAAAGUCGAUUUGAUCGGUCAUUCCGAGGGGGGAUUCCAAGCACUCUACGUACCCAAAUUCGAGGGAGUCUCCCAUUUCAUCGACAAGAUCGUAUCCAUCGCCCCACCCACACAUGCAACAUCAUUCGCCGGAAUCUACAACCUCGCGUACACGUUCGGCAACGCGUCGCGUGAAGUUGUGAGCGAAGUGUUGAACACAUUCGGCUGCCCCGCUUGUAAUGAUCUCGGCCCCGAUGGUGCCGCUAUUAAUCGGUUGAAUGAUGGCACACCGAUCGUGCAGCCUGGUAACAAGGUCACCAUCAUUGCAUCCAAGGUUGACGAGCUGGUCACUCCCCCUUCGACAUCUUUCGUCCACGAGGAGGGGGUGACAAAUCGCUGGAUCCAGGAUACCUGCCCAUUGGAUCCUGUCGGACACAUUGGAGAGGCUUAUGACCUGAAUGUCUGGCACUUGGUCAAGAAUGUGCUGAACUCGACCCCGAAUGAGAAGUUCGUGUGUGUCCUCGGGUCGCCGGGAAAAUAA